AUGGUUGGUGCCAAGCAUGCUGACAGCCGUCUAGGCAAGGUCACGGCGCAAACCACGUCGGAUUUCUUGUGGGUUGACUCAAACGAGCCAGACCGCACUGCAUUCAAGACGAGGCUAGCUUUUGUCAGGGCACGAACUCACCGCCGCAAAAAGGAGGCGCAGUUACAGGAGUUGAAGGCGUGGGUGAGGCCGUGGUCGCACGACAACAGAUCAGGAAUCAAUCCGGGGGCGACCGAGACGACGAGGGUUGCUUGUCCGCCGUUGAGCCACGGGCCCCGGAUGGGCGUCGUGGAUGGCGUUUUGAAUCUGCCUUUGAAUACUGAUCAAGACUUGAAUUUGUAUUUUGAUCACUUUGAGGCCCACUGCUCCAAAUCCUAUCUCCCAUUAUCCCAUCAGCACACCAUCUGGUUCAUACGCUUGGCACUGAGCCAGCCAGCUCUGCUGAAAAUCAUUCUAUCUAUCAGUGCGUUCCACCGCUCAGUUGGGCUCUCUAUACGCGAUGCCAACCCCGGGACUAUCCAAGCGACUACGCGGGACGGGCUCCAGCUGCGUGGCGAGGCAAUCAAGUCACUUCGACAAGCUUUGGAAAACCCAGUCCAUGUCCCUUCCGAGGCUAUCCUGCUGGUGGUGAUGCAUCUUGUCUUCGUUGAGGGCGCAGAGGGAAACCUAGAAGCAGCCGAGGCCCACAUGGAUGGGGUCAGAAGAAUCAUCGAAGUCCUGGGCGGGUUUGAGAGCCUUGCAUAUCCGUUAAUGACCCUCGUCCACUGCUGCGAAUUCAUCAAAUCCGCCAUCGGUGCCCCUAUCAUAUUCUCCAUAUCACCAAAAUGGGCCCGCAAACUAUUCCGUGAAUCCGCCUUCCUCCAAGACAAAACCUAUUGCACUGACUCUCCCAUGGGCACUCGCUUCUUCACCUCUCCCUGGUCUUCAACCCUCAACCCGACCCUGAUAUCCGUACUUCAUGCCCUCAGGCGCAUAAUCAUAUUCCAGACACGCCAAGCACAGCUCCCACCCACAGCUGCCGGCCCCAGCGAAAUCAACUACCUGGUCCUCGUAGUCCACCAGCUCCACUCCCUUGGCCACGCCGCGGUGCUUCCACCGUUCGAGGAAAUUGUCAGGCAUGCUGUCCAUAUGCAAAUUCUAAUCCAGCUGUGGACUCUAUACGGUAUGCCCGUCGCCGACAUCAGCGCCAGCAUCUUGCGGCGUAGUCUCAUUCGGAACUUCGCGGCUGUAAAAGCCGACCCGAAACUGCUCUUCUGGGUACUUUUCAUAGGGGCAUUAACUGCGCGAGAGCCGAGCUGUGCGGCGUGGUUCCGGAUACAGCUUGGGCGGGCCCGACACAUGCUCGACUUGCAGAGUUGGCCUGAUGCGCUGGCUGUUCUAUGUGGGUUCUUUUACGUGAGCCUGCCCCUGGGUGAUCCGGGGAAAUUCUUAUGGAUGCAAUUGCAGCAGGAUGGUAGGGGGUAA